AUGCUGUCGCUACCUCUGCUAGCGCCUCAAAAUACAACAAUGUCGCACAGCAAUCCCGUCGCCAGACCUCACAGCAAACCUCUGCGCCAACACGACAANUCGCUAGCCCAGCUGCUCGCCGACGAACAAGCCAUCUCGCACCGCAAACACAACAUCCGACGCUUUGGCGCAGGCUGGAUAAAGCCGCCGGGCGUAGCCAAAACACUACAAGCAGAGACUGAAGAAAAAGCCGAGAGGGAAGAGCAAGAAGCUUUGCAGAGAAGAGAACAAAUGAUGAUGGACAUGCAAGCACAACAAGAAGCCGAAGAGGCAAGAAACAGAGCAGCAGCAGCAGAAGAGCAGGCAGAAGGAGAAGAAGAGCAAGAAAGAGAUCUAGACGAAGAGAUCCCCGAUGCCGAUGGCGAAGAAGAGGAAGAAGACGACGAUGAGGAUAUCACAGACUCGGAUGAAGAAGAGGAGGACGACGAAGAACAAGAGGAGAUGCAGAGUGAAUUGCAGUCGGAAAUGUUGUCACAGAUGCACAGCGAGAUCCCUGUCGCAGAAGACAUUACUUUCAAUGAGGAAAGCAUGUUUGCGGAUACGAGUAUGGCUGCUUUGGACGAGGAGUCGAGAGAGCAGGAAAGGUAUCGCCAUCUGCAGGAGGCUGAGUUGACGGGUGUGGCUCAAGAUGAGCUUGAUUUGGGCAUUGAAAGGGAUUUGGAUGACAGUGUGCCAGAGGCGGGCAGCUAUCAACACACGGACAGCGAGCUUGAAGAUUCAGACUCAGACGAUGAGGACGAUGAAGAGGAUGAGGAAGAGGAAGAGCAGAGUCAAUUGGAACCACAGGAAGACGAGCACAGCGAGAUCGCGGGAGCAGUCAUGCAACGCAGCCGUAGUAGUCUGUUGAGCAGAGACGUGAGUUCGCUACUCGACAGCUCCUUCGUCACCAGCAGUCCUGCACCCAUCGGCCGCCUGAGAUCUGCCGGUCACAGACCCUACCAGAGAUGA